AUGUCACAACCGACUCAAGACGCCGGCCCUCCCUUGUUCAGGGCAGUCGCCAGCUCCACGCGCCCGCUCUACCAGCUACUAAAAGCAGUCGGCUUUACCAACAAGAUCCACGUCGAAAUCACCCCCGAGGGCCUCAGAUUCAGCGCCGAUCAUGCCCGCGUCAUGCAAGGCGCCGCCCACUGGAACAAGAACCUCUUCGCCAGCUAUACUACCAACCUCCCGCCAGCUGCGGGCAAUGGCGAUGACGACGACCCUGAACCCGAGCCCGUCUCCUUCCAAAUCUCCCUCCCCGCCUUUCUCGAGACCCUCCAAAUCUUCGGCGUCGCCGACGUCGCCGCCCGCCAAGCCCGCUCCGACAUCGACCCCCUCGUGCGCGGCAACCCGCGCAUGAACCACCAGCACCGCGGCGGUAACGGUUCAGACGCCUUCAGCCACCAAACCUUGCACGGCGGCGGGUUCGCUUCCUCCUCCUCCAACGGCACCUGCAUCCUCAGCUACCCCUCCGACGGCGGGCCCUUCAGCAUCAUUCUCGAAGAAGCCGGGGUCAAGACGACGUGCAACUUGACCACCUACCUACCCGAGAUGCCGGAGGACAUACCCUUUGAUAUCGACGACCUCUCUUUCAAGGUGAUCAUGCAAGCGCGCUACUUGCUCGACGCGUUGGCGGAGGUGGGCAGCAUCAACCCGGAGCGGCUGACGAUCGUGGUCUCGCGCAAGGAGCCGUAUCUGCGGUUCAGAACGUCCGGAAGCCACAGUGGUGCGGGAGGGCCGGGAGUGGAGAGCACGGUGGAUUUUAGGCGUGGAAGGGAUCUGUUGGAGACCUUCUCGGUCAGGGCGGUGGAACGGGCUAAGGGAGAGAGGAGAUGGAGCCAGACAUUCAAGUUUGACACGAUCAAGGCGGCGACGGAGGCAAUGAGGAUUGCGAGCAAGGUCAGCUUGAGGGGCGAUGGGCAGGGUGUGUUGAGCAUGCAGUUUAUGGUGGAGGUGGAAGGUGCUGGGGGUGCGGGCGGGGGUGUCCCGGGAGGAGGAGCUGGUUUGAGUUUCUUGGAUUUUCGGUUUGUGCCGUAUGCGACGGAUGGGGAUGAGGAGACCGAUACUGAAGGGGAGGGUGAUGAUGUUGACAUGAGUGAGGCAUGAGGUUCGUAGAUAAGAAGUGUCAGUGAUGCGUGGUGAUAGUCAAAUCAAGGUUAUACCUAUGUACUUGGUAGGAGCGUUAGCAAUUGUCGCAGGAUCUAGUAGUUUAUAUCAGUUGCGCAUCGGAGGCACCCCCCUC